GGCAGGGUGCAGAAGGGGCAGCGGCCGCCACCCAGAGCAAGCCGGCCAGCCGAGCGACGCCUGUGCACCCGGCAGCAGGCCCGGCCGAGAUGGGGCUGGCGAUGGAGCACGGAGGCGCCUAUGCCCAGGCAGGGGGCAGCCCGAGGGGCUGCUGGUACUACCUGCGCUACUUUUUCCUCUUUGUCUCGCUCAUCCAGUUCCUCAUCAUCCUGGGCCUCGUCCUCUUCAUGAUCUACGGCAACGUGCACGUGAGCACAGAAUCCAACCUCCAGGCCACCGAGCGCCGGGCCGAGGGCCUGUACAGCCAGGUCAUAAGGCUCACGGCCUCCGAGGCCAACCUGUCCAAGGAGCUCAACCUCACCACGCGCCACAAGGACUCCAUCACGCAGUCGAUGCUGAAUGUCCGCCGGGAACUGGACCGCAUCAACGCCAGCUUCCGCCAGUGCCAGGCUGACCGGGUGACCCACAUGAACAACGAGCGGUACAUGGCGUCCAUCAUCGUGAGUGAGAGCCAGUGUCAAGAGCAACUGAAAGAGACCAACAAGAGCUGUGAUGCCUUGAUCCAAAUGCUGAACCAGAAGGCCAAGACGCUGGAGAUGGAGCUGGCGAAGGAGAAGGAGGUGUGCGCCAAGGACAAGGAGGGGCUGGUGCUGAGCAGGCGGGUGGUGGAGGGGCAGCUGGCCCAGUGCGGCAAGGCCCGGGAGCAGCAGCAGCAGGAGUGCCAGCUGGCCGAGGAGCGCGUGCAGAAGGUGCAGAGCCUCUGCCUCCCGCUGGACAAGGACAAGUUCGAGAUGGAGCUGCGGAGCCUCUGGAAAGACUCCAUUAUCCCGCGCACCCUGGACACCUUGGGCUACAACGUGUACCUUCCCCUCGGCUCAGAGCUGGCCUCCGUCCGGAGAAUCUGCGACCACAUGCCCACCCUCAUGAGCAGCAAGGUGGAGGAGCUGGCCCGGAGCCUGCGGGCCGGCAUCGAGCGCGUGGCCCGCGAGAACGCGGACAUCCAGCGCCAGAAGCUGGCGGUCGAGGAGAGGCUGCGGGCCACUCAGGAGGCCAAGGAGAAGGUGGAGAAGGAGGCCCAGGCCCGAGAGGCCAAGCUCCAGGCCGACUGCACCCGGCAGAGCCAGCUAGCCCUGGAGGAGAAGACCGCUCUGCGGAAGGAGCGAGAUGGCCUGGCCAAGGAGCUGGAGGAGAAGAAGCGGGAGGCAGAGCAGCUCAGAUUGCAGCUGCUCAUGAGAAACCCCGCCUUGGACACCUACCUCAAGGCCAAGACGCAGAUACCUGUACUGAGACCUGUGGGCCCUGCCUCCAACCUCCCGCCCAUCAAUCCAGCUGGCCUAGAGGAAUUCAAGAGAAGGAUCCUGGAGUCCCAGAGGCUUUCUGCAGGGGCUGUAGCCCCAUCCAGUGGCUGAGGAGGCCCAGGCCCUGAGGACCGAGGCGUGGCCCCGACUGGCCAGUCUGCGCACGCCGCACCAGCCGGCAGCCAGGGACCUCCAAACGCACACCAGAGUGGGUGCCCCUCGGCCUGCACCCCACGCUCGCCCGCCCUCCCCCACCCCCACCCCCCACGGCCUCCGCUGCUCCCCCGCCGGCCCACACCUGCACCACGCAGUCCCUCCCUCUCCCGUGGACACUGCAGGGCCGUCACCGACCCGCGCGGCCACCACACGCAGAUGUAGCAGUGACGUCACACACAGACGAGCCAAUGACGUCCCACAGAACCGUGGCGGCGAUGUCACCCAGACAGCGUGAGAACACCGCACGCAGAUGGAGCGCGGGCAGCACACACGGGCUUUCCGGCCCGCCCUCGCGCAAUGUCACACCCCUGCAAUGCACCCGGGUCUUAGCACGUGCAGCGUCCCACCGGUCUGCGCGCCCCUGUGUCCCCACUGCACUGCCCUCCAAUUUUCCUGUCUCCUGACCCUCCCUCACCCCCAGUGUGCCAGGGCCUAGGGAGGGGACAACAUUAGCCUCCGUUCCCUGCAGAGUCCCGUUUCCCUUCCCAGGCAGCACCGGGUGGUCCCAGAGCUGUCCCUCAGUCCCUCUCCCCCCAUACCCGGCCCCCCUGUGGCCCAUAUAAGUAUGUUAGUGGCACUAAAUAAGUAUUAUUGAAUCCUU